AUGUCAACGUUGACAAAAGAUGAGCAGGAGACGCUCCGGCUGCUGGUGCAGCACGUCGCGCGGGCAUUUUACGAGCCCAAGUACGUUGUGGUGCUCGACCAGCUCGUGCGUCAUCCGGUUCUCAAAGAUGACGAUCUCGCGGGUCGCAUGGGCUUGCAGCUCAAGGAGCUGAACAAAGUCAUGGCCGUGUUGGAUAAUGACAAACUUGUGCGGGUUCACCGCCAGAACGAGCUGAAGGAGGGCGCGCAGCGUUCGGUGGGAAAGCAGUAUUAUUACAUUGACUAUCAGCAUUUCUGCAACGUCGUGAAAUGGCGUAUGAAGAAGAUGCAGAAGAUCAUCGAUACGGGUCUACGGAACGAAUUGGAUAAUAAGGGAUACAUCUGUCCUCAAUGCCAGAAGACGUUCUCCCCGCUAGAAGUGGACAAACUUAUGGAUUUCACCUCAAACACCUUUGUCUGCGACAUCUGCCACGCAGAGGUGGUCGAGAACAAGAACUCGGAGAGCGUGCUUGGCAGCCAGGAUCGCAUGCAGCGGUUCAAUCGGCAGAUGCGGUUUAUAGUUGAAGGGCUCCGAAGGACGGAAGACAUGAUUCUCCCCGCGUUCGAUGUCGCGCUCUGGGUGAAGACACACAUCAUCGACGCAGAGAAGGCAAAGGCAGCCGCGCAGGGGGGCGGGCUGAAGAUCGCAGGGACGUCCGGAGACGCCAAACCGGAGGACGCGAUCGGAGUCGUCCUGUCCGUCGACAAGGACGACGCGACUCAGAGGCUGGAGCGCGACCUGGAGGCAGCGGCCAAGCGUCAGCAGAACCUGCUCCCGGCCUGGCAUCUCAAGAGCACCAUCACCGGCGACUUGACCGCGCUCGGAAUCAGGGAGAACGCGCGGACGGAGGAGGACGCGGCGGCGGCGAAUCGGCUCCCGAGCUCGAACGACGUGAUCUUGAAGGGCCUCGGAGUCGUUGGGGCUCACCGCCCCGUGGCGGAGGCUCCGAAGAAAGAAGAGAAGAAGCCUGCCGUGGUGCAGAUGCAGGAAGCGGACUACUACGACCGGUAUUACGCUUCCCUCGCCGCGUCUGCUGUGCCUUCUGGCCAGGACACGCCCGGUAGCGAUUUUGGAGACGAGGAGGAGGACGUGAAGCCGUCCAUUCAGUACUUGGACUCGCUGAACGAAUAUCGUAAGCGAUCGCGCUCGCACGAGGACGUGGACGGUGGCAGCGCGACGCCGAAACUUCAGCGGAUGAAUGGCCAUACGGAGAUGUCGGCCACUAAGGCGGCCGUGCAGGAGGCGCCAGUCGCCGUCAGCGGGCUGAGAGGUGAGAUUAAUGGGGUGAGCGGUGCAGGCGAUGAGGAUAUGGAAGCCGUCGAGGAUGUUGGCCCCGCGGAUGAUCCUCUUGUUUAUGUAAAUGGCCAGCCCGUGCCGUUCUCACAAGUGACGGAGGAGCACCAGGAGCUGAUGACCCCGGAGGAGUACACGAAGUACUUUGAGAUCUUCAGCGCACGAUCUUGA